GAGGAGACAGCCUUGACAUCCCAAAAUGUCUGGACCUGAAUGUGUUUGAAGCAGACACUGAGGAAUUUCCCAGGCUGUUUGAACCUAAGCCCUUCCCCUGUCUCAGCCCUGCAGAUGUCCGUGACAAAUGCCCGGCGGCCCCAGAGACCUGUGCCAUACCGUCCGACAGUCACUGUUCAGCAAGGCACUCCCCGGCCAAAAGACCCCGGGUGUCUCCCGAGGUCGACGGCACCUCUGGCAGCAUGGCGGCGGAGGCUAAGGAGUUGGUGCAGGCGAUUCUGGCCAGGAGGCCCGGCGGGGAUCGGGUCAUACAGGAAUAUCGGGCCAAGGGAACGCUGACGGACACCACCAGAAGGCACCUCAUCAAUCUGCUGGUGGCCCACAUGACGGAGACUCAGGGAACGACCCCACCUAAAAAUGUACGAGAACUUUACGCACUGGGAAUUAUCAGCCUGUUUCCUUCUCUCAAAGAUCCUUUCUCUCAAAACGGCUAUGAGCACUUCUACGAUGGCCGAAGCGGGACAGGGUACCUGGCCUGGCGGCUAAAGACCGUCCAGCGGAAGGGCUUCCACCGGAACCGGGGCUCACAGAAGAGUGUGGUGAGCAGGGGCCCGGACUUCGUGAGGCAGACGCAGCCCGGCAAGCAGCUUCACGGCGAGUGCCUCCAGCAGGCCGUCUCCGCUCUGACCCGCUGCACCGACAGGGAGCAGGUCUUCCUCAAGAUGCGGGAGACCUUCCAGUACCGGCAGCAACUGGUCCACGACCCGCAGAAGGCCGGUACCGUGCUGUCCACCUUCCCGCGCCUACUGGACACCAAGGGCCUGGUAAGUCUCAGGAUUCUUCUGCCUUUGGAUCAUGAUUCUGCCUGUAGUUGGUUUAGGUUUAUCCUGAACAGCACUAACUGACCUAUCAAAGCCAAGAAGAAAAGAACAGUGAAGUAAAUGAGAUUAACUUGUUAAGCAUUUUGAUAUUUCAACCCCUGUAUUAGCUUAG